CCACCGUUCCUCAAAGUUAUAUAUGCGUACCAUUGUCACCUGCCCCUUUGCCUCCUGUCUCUUCUCGCUAAGUUAUCAUGUUGUUCAAACACCAACCUCCAACUUCCCAAAUUCGUCGUGUAUGAGUCACUGAGAGACUUAGAGGUUGCCCGUAAAUUGGUCCAACUCGAUGACGAAGACGAUAGCUGUAGUAGCGGCAUACGGAUGUCUCACGCUGGUCGUCGUCUACUUGAAGCCCAAGCUACUUCUUGCCUUUUGGUUCUGGCUCUGGACAGGCUGGUGGCUGUCGGCGAUGCAUCAGAUUGAGGCGAAGGGGCUCGAAUUGGAUGCAACACCUGCUACGGCGAGGGCCACCAGGGACGAAACUGAAAGCAGCUCCACUCGAAGAAGCGCCGCGUGUCACCGAGGCUCUUCAACGGAGUGGGGCAAGCCAUUUUUUCACGCUGACUCCGCUUCAUCUUCUGCGGAGCCGGAGCCGAUUGCGCCAUCACAUUCGUCAGAAUCGUCACCCCCUAUCUCAUUGCUGCCUCCUUUACCCAAGAUUCGUUCUGCCCAUUUAGGCAAUUUAGUUUUUACACCCCGCCAGGCUGAACACGAGGAUGGUCUACGAGACAAUCAGCGUCUAGAAUGGCUCGGCGAUGCUGCCAUUCAAUUCAGCGUCACGCUGCUCUUGGAGGAGUUAGCCCCUCAAUUGAAAACUGGCGAGGCAUGUACCAUUCGCGCUGAGCUGGUUUCGAAUAAGUAUCUGGGCAUGUUGUCGGUAAGGUAUGGGUUGUUUGUAACCUACAAUGAAGUUUGUGGGCAGGAUAUAUCUCAGGAUCUAAACAAAAAAAUACACGCCGACUUAUUUGAGGCGUAUAUUGGGGCCCUGACCAAAGAGCGAGGGUUCGACUUUGUCCACCAGCACCUCUCAGUCGUUCUCAAACCACCUCGGCUGAUGGCUUUAACUGAAUCACAUCGACAUGGCGAAGCCGAAAGCUCGUCAGCACCAGUGACAGUGCCAAAUCCCCUACCAACUCCUCCACCGUCACCUGCACUCGUGCCCUCACGUUUGCGUGAGCUUGUGCCUCGGGUUACUGAUGCGGCUCCAUGGGCAAUGACGCCAGUUGCUGCGCAAACGCCACCAUCACCACCAUCACCGCCUCCGCUUGGAAACCCGCUCCGUGCAGAUCAGAUUCCACCAUCAGCGUGGCUUUACCACCUGAAGCAGGAUGCUGAAAGAAAACAGUUCUGGAGGGCCCAAGCUCAGGUGAACGGGAGGGUGCUCACUUCCGGACAAGGCACUUCGAAGAUAAAGGCUAAAACGGCGGCGUUGGAAGCUUAUACGCGCGUCGCAGGGUGCGUCAACUAGGACCUCUCAAGCAGCUCAAAAGUCCGGUGAGGUUGCUGAGAUUCCACGGGUGCAGUACCCGGGUUCUUCGUUAUGUCCCUCUGCUGCAGCAGCCACAGCUCGGAAAGCCCCACUUCCGCAGACACGCUGUUGUGAUUCGGUGAUGAGUGUGGCAUGUUGUGAAAACAGUAUGCAGGGGGGGGGGGACAAAGCAUCGAUUGGAUUCUCUUAGCUGCCACUUGUGAUCGG